ACACAGGCAAGCAUAAUGUGCGUGGGUAGGGGUGGGGGGUGACUCCUGACGUAGCACUCAUGGUCCAACCCAGCAUAGAACAGGCGACGAUGUUGAAUCGAUGGGAGGAAAGACAACCUCAUCAUGGGGAAACGAAAAAUAUCUACGUCGUUCUCUGUAUUUUGACAACCACGACAUUUAUGUGGAUAUAGAGGAUGUCACCUUCUUUCAAGGCUCUCGCUGGCGACCAUGAUGACCAUGUUUGUUGUGUGGAUCUGCCAAGACCUCCGCGUCCUGGAACCGCCUUUGGACCAGUGAACUAGGACUGCUGCGGCAUCUGCAUCUCCAUUUAGUCUUGGCCAGUGGCCAUCACACACAACACAAACACUCACACACACACACACACACACACACACACAGCCACACAAACACUAAAAACCCACAUACACACACACACACACACACACACACACACACACACAAGUAAACACACACAUACACCAUAUAUUCACCCCCACCAAAGAAAAACAGACACAGAAACAACAACAACAACAACAAUGAACGGCUCGCCCAAGUUAUCCGGGGAGACCCUGAUCGUACACCACAUCCCCCUGGUCCACUGUCAGGUCUCCUCCGGCGGCGGCGGUGGGGGUCGGUCAUCGUACUGCGGCGGCUCCCUGAAGAGGGGGAGGAACCCCUUCAGCCCCCCCGAAAACCUGGGCCUGAGCCGGACCACGUCCCUGCCGGAGAGGGACGUCCUGCUGCACGAGCCGCUGGUCUACAGCAGCCUCAUCCAGACCUCCAGCGGCAGCCUCCACAGCUCCAGCGACCACGGGCUGGGGGAGCUGGGGGAGGAGGUGGUGGUGGAGGUGGGGCGGCGCAAAGAUGGCAGGCAGGAAGGAGGAGGAGGAAGAGGUGGCCGGGAACGAGGAAGAGAUGAUGGAAGAGGAGGUGGAGGAGGAGGAGGUGGAGGAGGAGGAAGACGGAGAGGAGGAGAGGGGGGCAGCGGAGGAGGCAGCGUGGCCAGUGACACCUCCUUCACCUCCAGCAACUCCGAGGAUCAUCUCACGUCGCGAGACGGCGGCUCCGGGUUCGGGCCCAGGGAGCGGAGCAAGCGGCAGCGGCACAACCCCUUCCUCCUGAAUCAAGAGUACGAGGAAGAGGAGGAGGAAGACGACGACGAAGAGGACGAAGACAACCUCAACGGCUACAUGGAGGACUCGUCUUUCCACCUGCACGGCAGCACCACCAGCGACGCCCUGAACAACGAGACGGGCGUGCCCCCGUUCCACCUCCACGAGCUGGACUACCAGCCCGAGCCCUUCCUCCUGCACGGCAGCCACCACCACCACGCCAAGCCCUGGUUCUCCUCCCCAUCCGGAUCCCGGAGGCUGACCCAGAGCGGUGACUUGUGCCGGGGAGGGAGCUUCGAGCUGGACGGCCUGGGUCUCCUCUCCCUCGGCGGCCAGCGCCGACACGGCAGCAGCGGGUCCACGCUCUCCAUGGACUGCGGGGAGCACGACUGGGCCGAGGAGGAGGAGGAGGAGGAAGAAGAGGAGGAGGAGGAGGAGGAGGAGGACGAGGAUCAGCCAAUGAGGAGCGGCCGCAGUAGCCAGGGCGGGAGCUCCAGCAGCGGCUCCAGCCUGGCCGCCAUGCAGCGCCGCUGCUCCUGCUGCAACCUCUCGCAGCCGCAUUACCCAGAGUCCUUUGCUGCUGAGGACGCCUUCCCCGAGCUCCCGCAGUUGCCGCCGCCGGCGACCAUGACACACACGACGACGACGGGCUACGGCAGCGACUCGUCCUGCAACAGCUCAGACGGAGUGCUGGUCAGCUUCAGCACCAUCUACAACAAGAUGAACAACACGGCGCCUCACACCUCCACUGCCACCAGCAGCAGCAGCAGCAGCAGCAGGGCACACCUCCCCCAUGGCAGUAGCAGCAUUAUCAGCUCUACCCAACAGACCUGCAUCCCUUCCCCAGUGUCAGAGGUGCAGGGAGGCAGCAGAGCCGGGGUAGGCCUGGGGUUUGGCUCCAUGCCUGAUGGCACCCGCGGCACCGGCAGCAGCAGCACAGGAGGUGCCUUCUACCUGGAUCUGCACACCUCCCCCACGGAUCCCCCUGAAAGAGCCGUCCCUGGGCGUGGUGGUGGUGGUGUCGGCGCCACUUCCUCCGGGACCCCCGUCCACCACAAACCUCCAGCUCGGUCCCCCCCCUCGUGCUCCUCCUCGUCCCCCCGCAGCCUGCUCACCCUCUCCCAGCAGCAGCAGCUGGAGUCGCUGGAGCUGGACGCCAACUGCAACUCCUACCACCACUCCCUGCACCCGCAUUACGACCUCCAUCCGCACGGGGUCACUGUGGGCGAGGGGGCGGAAGCUGGGGAGGUGGCUGGUGAUGCUGGGGUGGCUAGUGGCGCUGGCGGUGUGGGUCUGUCGUCGGACGGUUCUUCGCAGCACCAGAGCCAGGCCAGACUGGUGGUGGCGGCCACUCAGAACUACUACAAGCUGGUGACGUGCGACCUGUCGUCGCAGUCCUCGCCCAGUCCUGCCGGGUCUUCGGUGACGAGCUGCUCGGAGGAGCACAGCAAGGGAAGCCCCACCACGCAGCCCUCGGAGUACUACCUCUUCAGGCAGAGGGAAGAAGAGGAGGAGGAGGAGGUGGAGGAGGUGGAAGGAGAGGUGGAUCAGGAGGAAGGAGAGGAAGGACUCCAUCUCUCACAGGGGGCUGUGCCUCCAGACGAGGGAAGGCCACAGAGACUGGGCACCUCAGCGUCCGCCCAGAACAUCAUCGAGGGCCAGGUGUACGUCAACGUGUCUCCCCCCACUGGUGGUGGUGGGGGGGCAGUAGGCCAGCUAGGCCGCCCGCGCUCCCGCAGCUACGACCGUAACCUGGACCGCUCUCCGCCGUGCCGCCUGGCUUCCAUAGAGCGCAUGCUCAGCUGCCCCGUGCGCCUCAGCGAGGGGGCCGCCGGCCCCGCCAGCCCCGCCCCUCCCCCGCGCGUCACCUCCUUCGCCGAGAUCGCGCGCAACAAGAGGAGGACCACCAUCGGAGGAGGAGGAGGUGCAGGUUCUCCCUGUCUGAGGGCCGAGGCCUCGGCCACCCACUCCAUCCACUCGUACUCCUCAGGCGGGGAGUUCUCCCCCAUCCUGGAGGACCUGCAGCAGGGCCAGAGCCACAGCCUGCCCCCCCUCGGCCACUGCUACAGCCAGAGCAGCUGCGACACUUCUCCUCCUGGCCACAGGGGCGGCGCUGCUAUGAGGGACUCUCCCGGAGCCGUGGGCCGGGAGGCUCGCACCAAAGCUGAAGGAGGCUUGUCCUCGUCCACGAACAGCGUGCCCGCCACAGUGGUGCGCUACAGCAAGGACCAGCGUCCCACCACCCUCCCCAUCCAGCCCUUCACCUUCCAGCACCAGUUCCAGAGGUCCCAGAAGCCCCUGCUCCCGCUGCUGAGCGAGUACGUCAGCCAGAUGCAGGCCAGAGGGGCGGCCGCCGCCGAGGGCGGAGAGGAGGACCCCGACGACCCCGAGCCCCGGCAACAGCAGCAUCAGCACCACCAUCAGCAUCAGCAUCACCCGCGGCAACAGGCUCAGGUGGAGGUGCCUUCCUCUGUCAGGCCGUCGCCGCUGGGCAGCUACUCGCCUGUUCGCCUGCAGGGGGCGCCCAGCGGAGCCAGCUCCUGUUCCACCUGCAGCCCCAGCCCUGAGCGCGGGUGCGGCAGCGGGAGCGGGAGCAUCAGUGGCAGUGGAAGUGGCAGCGGCUACGGGAUCGCUAUGGGCCGAAACAGGCCGCCUCGCAGCCUGUCCUGCCCCAUCUCUGCGGGGCUGCUCCCCACUACCUUCAGCCACAGCCCCCCCGGAGAUAUGGCCUCCACCGCUGUUUGUGAUGGUGCUAGUGGUUCACAGGGCACGGAUGUCCAGGCCAAGCUGAGCAGCCCGGUACCACACACCUCUACCCCUCCGCCGCCCUCUGGGGUGAGGAAGAGCCCAGGGGCCGCUGCUGGCACCAUGCAUGGCGUUGGUGGUGCGGGUCAGGGUAGACCUGCCGUCUGCCUCCAUCGCCAGAACCUGCCGCCCCUGACGGACCUGUCCUCUCUGCCCACCAUGCCACCCUCUGUGGCGGGCAUGGGCGCCCUGGCAUCCAUGGAGAGGAACCAGCAGCAUGAGAGCAUGAAGAAUGCCAUACCGACCUACGGUGCGGCCCGCCCAGCCAAUGUCCACUCCAUGCGUCAGUUCCAGCAGUGCUACAGUGAAUUCCUGCCGGACUACUUCUCCCAGACGGAGCGGCCACCUGAGGAGUUCUGUCUCUCCCCAGACGCCUCUCCAGACGACUCCUCCAUCUCCAUAGACCUGACGCAGAAGAGAGGCUUGGUGAAAGCGGUCAAUACUGCAGUAGACCUCAUCGUGGCGCACUUUGGUACCAGUCGAGACCCAGGCGUGAAGGCUAAGCUGGGCAACAGCUCGGUGAGCCCUAACGUGGGCCACCUGAUCUUGAAGUACCUGUGUCCGGCCAUCCGGGAGAUCCUCCAUGACGGCCUGAGGUCCUACCUGCUGGACUUCAUCAUCGGCCAGCGCCGCAACCAGCCCUGGAGCGUGGUGGAGGCCUCCACACAGCUGGGCCCGUCCACGCGUGUUCUGCACAGCCUCUUCACCAAAGUCAGCCAGUACUCUGAGCUCACCAGCCACAGCAUGAGGCUUAAUGCCUUCAUCUUCGGCCUGCUCAACUUGAGAUCUCUGGAAUUCUGGUUCAAUCAUAUCUACACUCAUGAAGACGUGGUGGCCACCCACUACCACCCCUGGGGUUUCCUGCCCCUGUCCCAAGGGGCGUGCCAGACGCUGUUCGAGGAGCUGCUCCUGCUGCUGCAGCCCCUGUCGCUCCUCCCCUUCGACCUGGACCUCCUCUUCGAGCCGCGCCUCCUGCAGCAGGACCAGGAGCACCUGCGCCGCAAGGAGCAGCUCUGCUCCGCCUCCGCCUCAGCACGCUCCACCUUCCAGCUGAUGCGGGGCAGAGGCAUUCCGGGUGCGGAGUCUGUCCGAGAAGAAGGGGCGGGGUUAGGGUCGGGGUCGGGAGUCGGAAGGGGGCUGAGGGCCGUCGGAUCGUCGCUCAGCCAAGACGGCGGCGGGUCGGCAGGGGUGAGGCCGAGGGGCGGUGGAAGUGGAGGUGGAGGGGCGCCGAAGAGAUGCUCGUCCGAGCCCCGGCGAAUGGGAUCGGGCAGCGAUGAGCCAGGGGCGGCCCCCAGUUCAACAACCGCUUCCUCCAGUGACGACAUGGAGCUCUGGAGGCAUGGAGGCACGGGCAGUACGAGGGCAUCCAGAGCUGGGGAGAGGGUGAAGGGGGUCGGGGAAGAGUGGCCAGAGAUGGCUGACCCCCACCCCCACCACCACCACCACCCCCACCCCCACCACCAUCACUCCUCCCAGGUAGCCAUGGGAGCAGGUGCAGGGUCCUCAGGGGCCACCGGUGCCACAGAUGGAUCCGUGUCCGGGUCCAGGCAGCGGAGCAGCAGGCAGGCGGGCUGGUGGUACCAGCUGAUGCAGAGCUCCCAGGUCUACAUCGACAACUCCACCGAGGGCUCCAAGUUCGUCAAGUUGGACAAGAGGAAGAAGGGCAGCGCCGGAGAGACGAGCCAGGGGCAGGGCCAUGGGCAGGGUCAAGGGCAGAUUCAGCGCAGGCAGAGCCACCCUCCGCCCAGGGAGGGGGUGGUGGAGGGGGCAGAGGCCACGCAGGGGCUGGAGGAAGGAGGCAGAGCUGGGGACGAGAGAAGACAACAACAGCAGCAACAGCAGCGACCCCCUUACCACCAGAGGAGCCACAGCUGCAGCAGCACCAGCAGUAGCAAUGGCCUAAGCAGCGGUGGCACCAUUGGCACCAGCCACCAGCCUCAGUGCCCACCCACGACGGACCCCAAGCGGCCAGCCAAAGCCAAGUCCGCGUGGAUGGGCAGCCCACCAGAGUCGGUGCUCACCGAACUGAAGAAGAGUCAGGCAGCAGAGCCAGCGGUGCCGGAGAGUGAAGUCACUGGGACUACUGGGAAUACUGGGGCUACUGGGGGUGGUACCCAGGCAGGGGGAGCUGCUGCGGAGGAGAGCCCAGCCCAGGGUGGCAUGCGCUGGGGGAGGCUGUUUGGAGCUAGCAUGGCCUCCACCACCAAAUCCACCACGUUAGAGAGGUCGUCGGAGCAGAAAUCCAGCAGGACUCAGAAGAACAGGCUGCCAUCGGGCUGGCUAAGUCUGGAUCGCUCGGUGCUGGGGCUGGUGGCCCAGACGGUCGGGGCGGUGAGACGGACCGACGCCCCCGCGGAUACGUCCUCUACAUUUCAGAGUGAAGGUCGCCCCGCAGCGCAGCAGACACAGCUGACACAAGCCCAAGCCCCAUCCUCCGCCACCACCACCACCACCACCACCGCUGCUGAACACAAAGCUCCAUGUGAGGUGCGUGCCCUGUGCCACCAUGAGGCGUCCGAGCCUGGCCACCUGAGCUUCCAGAAGGGUGAGGUGCUGCGGGUGGUGCGGAGGGCCGACCCCGAGUGGCUGCUGUGCUCCCUGGGGCAGACGCAAGGCCUGGUGCCCAUCAUCUACGUCACCCUCCUCAACGACGACAGCCAGACCCAGAGCCAGAUCCAGGGACGAGGGCAGGGGCACAGUCAGAGUGGAAGCCCCAUCCAGGGUACCAGCCAGGGGCACAGUCAGAGUGGAAGCCCCAACCAGGGUACCAACCACCAGGGGCAAAGCCAGAGCAGUAGCCCCAACCAGAGAACCAGUCACAACCAGAUCCAGAGCGACAGCCAGGGGGGGCAUGGCACAGAGAUGCCUCACUGAAAGCCUAGGAGCCCCUGGACCCCAUGCCAGGGAGUGUGCGCUGUGUGUAUGUGGGUGCCCUAGGACAGAUGUGGAGUCAAAUAUAGAUGGGACAUACUGUAUAUGCACACACAAACACGUACACAUACUGAAAAACACAUGUAGACGUGUAGACACGUGUAGACACAUAGACAGGAAGGAUGUAGGUGGUGGAGGAGGAAUUGUUGUUAUACAUAAGGUAUGCAUAGGUAUACAUAAGAUCUCUCUUGCUCACACACAGAGACUACACUAACACACACACACACACACACACACACACUCGCACACAGACAGGCAUACACAGAACUAAAACCUCUUACACCCCUAUAAGUAUUAUCACACACUACAGUAACGGACCAGUCAAGAAAAUAACUCUGGUCCAUCUGUGUGUGCUUGUGUAUGUAUGUGUGUGUGUAUGUGUGUGAUUACCCUAUGUAUACGCAGAGGACCUAAGCACACUCCACAGAUUACAUUGCUGUAACAUUGGCAUCCUGCUAUUGUCAUGCUUUGUGUAAAAAACAAAAUACAUGUUCCGUAUGUUCGUAGCUUUCACCGCCUCCCUGGUGUAGCUGUCUGAAGAAUCUGAACAGCAGUACAGUAGAAUCAUCAAGAACCAGGAACUAAAAGCUGAACAAGUGCAGACCAUUGAACUUGCAUAGCGAAAACACCCCCCCUUCCCCUCCCCCCUCACCACUUGUAAAAUACAUGGAUGUACAUGGGUGUAUAGAUUGUACUGAUUUGGAAGAAGGAAAGGCCUUUCAUUUUAUUUAUUAUGGACUGGACUGUAUACACACGUUGAUCGAAUGCACAAGUAGAGACUAGACAAAAACACACGUACGUACAAAUGUUGAUGCAUCGUAACAUUUUCUGGCCCGUUAGAGUGUUCUGUGCAUUGCUCAUCACUCAGAGGAUAUUGCCACGUCACUGGGAUCCCCCUCCAUGCAUGCCAACGCUGGAUGACGGGACUGACCUCAGAACAGUUCAACAGUUCUACUGUUGGUGGACGAUGGGGGUUGACACUCGGUCUGCUUAAGAGAUGUGUGCUUAUCAAACGUGCUCCUGUAAUUCAAACUGGGACGUGACCUACUGUUGAUUGAUGGACGAUGGUGUUGACACUGGUCUGUUUGAGAGAUGUGUGCAAUGUCUUGUAUAAAAAAGUGAUCCUGUGAGGGAAUUAGUCCACACAACCACCAUGACGAGAACACGCUACUACUACACGUGGGGGGGAUAUUGCGUUGCCAUUUCAUUGAGACAUACAAACAGGGAAAUGACAAGGUAGCAUAUACGUAAAACACACCUCCUCAGCCUUAAGACAACCCAACCGGACUCUCAAACCCUCCACUACCACUACACUACACUACACUACCACUUCCAACCUCUCUCCACCCUUCAUCCGGGACCCUCAGCAACCACACACAAUUCUUGGGCAGACUUGAGGAAAGCCAUCUCUCACUGGACAGAUGCACCAGACGCCCAUCCCUAUCUACCCUUUACCCCUUCUCUCUAUUCCCUUCUCACAGGGUUCAGGUCCGCUCCGCAUGUCAGGGUAUCUACAGCACAUCCUGCUGGUACAGUACAUACAUCAAGAGCGAAGCUGUAUAUGAAUUAUUAUUUGAAAUAUUACCAUUAUUUAUUUAUUUAUUUGUAUGCAUGUGACCCAAUGCCUAAAUCGUUUCCUUUUGACGCGUCCAGUCAGACACACACACCUUUCUAGAUUCCUAAAAAGGCAACAGCACUCUGCUGUUCAGGAGUGGAAGUGCGAGAGAUUUCUGCAGUUUGAUGUAUUAUAAUAGCACUACUAUAACAAGGAUACAUGGCUGGAAUAGAGAGGAAAGCAGUAUUCAUUUUCACUGGAUAGAGUAUAAUAGUUUAUCGCUAUCGUUUGUGUGUGUGUGCGUGCGUGCGUGCGUGCGUGUGUGUG